AUGGUCGCCGCAAAGAAGCAUGUUCCCAUCGUGAAGAAGCACUCGAAGACCUUCUUCCGCCACCAGUCCGACCGCUUUAUGCGCGUUGGCUCCUCGUGGCGCAAGCCCAAGGGUAUUGACAACUGUGUCCGUCGCCGUUUCCGUGGUGUCAUUCGCAUGCCCAAGAUCGGUUAUGGAUCCAACAAGAAGACCCGCCACAUGAUGCCCUCCGGCCACAAGGCUUUCCUCGUCCACAACCCCAAGGACGUUGAGCUCCUCCUGAUGCACAACCGCACCUACGCUGCCGAGAUCGCCCACGCCGUUUCCUCCCGCAAGCGCGUCGAGAUCCUCGCCAAGGCCAAGGCUCUCGGUGUCAAGGUCACCAACGCCAAGGGCCGUGUCACCACCGAGGCGUAA